CCAAAAACGGCCAAACUGUCAGCGACGUGUGCGAUCUUUCAAAGACAUUUUUGUGCAUUUUGCUACGGUCGUAGCCAUUUGCUCCUUUAACCUUGUCCGAUUUCAAAUUCUUGCAGGUCUUUUUGCGUUGUUGGUCGCAAGUUCACUGAACGUUUGCAGCUGUGGCAAUUUGCACAAAAUCGGGAUAUAUGAUGGUGAUGCGCAAACACAUCCGGCCCGACCUCUGCAGGAGCGUCUGUGACGUCACUAUGCCAGUCGAGGCGCUUAUAAGGCGGGCGGCGAGCGCCGGAGCACCCGCAGCCAGCCAGCAAAAGCUCAGCAGCAGCGAUGUCUCGCUCCUCCGCGCUCCCCCUGUGCGUCCUGGGACUCGUCGCCCUCUCGUCCGCCUGCUACAUCCAGAAUUGCCCCCGGGGAGGCAAGCGAGCCCUGGCCGACACUGCGGGACUCAGACAGUGCAUGUCGUGCGGCCCCGGGGAAAGAGGCCGCUGUUUCGGCCCCAACAUCUGCUGCGUGGAGGGAUUCGGCUGCCUUCUGGGCUCCCCGGAAACGACGCACUGCGUGGAGGAGAACUACCUGCUCACCCCCUGCCAGACCGGGGGUCGAACCUGCGGACCCGAAGGGGGCCACUGCGCCGCGUCGGGACUCUGCUGCAACUCUGAGAGCUGUGCGGUGGACUCCUCGUGCCUGGGGGAGGUCGAGGCGGAGGAUCCGGCCCAAACCUCCCCCGCUGAACUGCUUCUGCGCCUUCUCCACGUGUCCACCGGCCGACUGACUGAGUACUAAAAUACCAAGCGCGCCCCCCUCCUCCCCGCAACUUUACUCACUUAAAUGCCUUUCAGACCGAAAACCUGAAACCUCCACGCACUUUAGUCAGUGUUUCCCAAACCGAAAUCUCACGGCGCACAAAAAAAAAUAAUAAUAAUAAUAAUUAUGAUCUUAUCUCAAUUCACGUGGAAAUUUAGCUACUCGUCAUUACGAAAGUUGACUUGUACCGUCUGCCAUCUAGUGGAAGAUCGUUGAACUUUUCUGCCUGUCGCUAUAUGCGGGCCGGCAUGGAAAGGUGACCCCCCCCCCCAAAAAAAAAAAAUAAAAUAAAAAAAUAAAAAAAAUCAAUCAUUUGUAGUGUUUCAAUCCUCCUGAAAACAAAUAAGUGAAACUACAAAGGUGUGUUUGGGAAUCAGCGACUUAAGUCACAUCCACUUAUGUGUGUCACGUCACUUCAAUUCUGUCUUUUAAUGAUGAUGAUAAUAAUCAAGGCGCUGGUUACUUUCUGGCCACUCCUCAGCCAAUCUGAAGUCAACGAGGUCCGGCGUGUUCGUGACGCGCCGCUGCACUGACUGUAAACUAACUUUGCUCCGCUUCUAAUGACGACUUUGAG